AUGGGAAUGAACUUGUCUCAAGCUUUGAAAAAGUUGAUUGAGGAGGCUAUUGAGAAGGCUGAAAAGUCCCUUACAACCGAAAAAGAAAAGCUUUCUUGCCCCUUCAAAUACUCUGAUAAGGAGACUUACUGUCAGUACUACCAGUCACAGAUUAAGAAAACUGAAAAACCUGAAAAUGCUGGAAAAUCAAGUCAAGAACUUGUCAAAGAAAAUCUUAAUUUAAGUGUCCUUAAAGAUUGCUUAACUAAGUGUCAAGCUAAGCACAAGGACUAUCCCACGUCCCAGGCUUAUAAGGACAUUGAGUCCAGGUUGGAUCAGCUUAAAAAGCUUGAAGAAAGUCUUACUGGAUUGACUAAAGAAGAGAAUUGCAAAAAUCUUUUAACAAAUCUUUGUGACGGCCUCGAAACUUUCCUCGGCUUCGACCCGAAAUCAAAAGGCUACGACGGCAGUGGCAUUGUGUACUCUGACCUUGACAGGCUGUGUGACGGGGUGAUGGGAUUUUUGAGUGGUGUUCUUGAUGCAGUGAAAGAUGAUCCAAGCGUUAAGACAUACUAUAAAGGCAUGGACAAAACACUUAAAGUAAUCGAGAAAAAUAUGCACAAAACUGGCGGAUUGUCUGUGGCCGUUGAGGCUGUGAGCACGGCGCUGGGGGAGUGGGACAAUAAUUUAACUAAUAAAAUUAAUGAAACAAAAAACGCUUUUAAUAAUAUUAAAUCAUCACAUUUUACAUAUAAUAAUGGUUUUUGUAGAGCACUUAAUAAUUUGCAUGGUAGCGAGCCGAGCAAUGUUGCUGGGUACCUGGGUGAGUGCAUCACUCAGGCCGGUGAAUUGCUGAACACUUUUAAUAUAGCUGAGGCGCACUAUAAGGACCUAGAUUCUGCAUUGAGAGAUAAGUUGAAAGAUUAUGUAUUUAAAAUUAAGUUGCAGGUAGAGAAGUUUCAUGGAGCGGCGACGAACGAGGAGCUGAAGACGGUGGUGGAGACCGCGGAAGGAGAACUGGCUUACUUGCAAUCCAAUGUCAACAAGAUCGUUGAUAGUCGUAUACGUACGUUGAAAACCGAUGUAACUAACAAAACGGUCGACCUAAAAGAAAAAUUAACCGGUGUUUCCAGAAAAUUGAAAGCGUAUGUUAGAGAGCUAUACGAGUGGAAGAGACAGACGUGGCAAUUCAUUGCAGAGGCUAUUAAGAAUGUUGACGGGAUAGUAGAUAAAGGCGUGGGUUUUGAGCAGCAAGGAGAUAUUAAGGAGGUUGCGAUGAAGUUAAGGGAAUGCAUGACUACGCUUGGAGUACAUAUCGAUGGCAUGAAAUUUGAAGUUGCAGCGUUGGCUAAUAAAGCACUCAAAGAAGUAAAAUCCAUGGACGAGAAACUUAAACAGGAUUUGUGGAAGGUGAAAGAUGAAGUAGGGAAGAAGGUGACGGAGAUUAAAACGGCGAUUGGGAAGUUGUAUAAGGUGGUUGAGAGUGGCACGGAAAAUGGCGCAGAGGAAGUGGAGAAAGCGAUGCUGAAGAUUAUGGAAAAUAUUAGAGAUAGGAUGAAAGAGAUAACCGGCCCCGAAGGGGGGAGGGAACACAAGGGGCUUAUAGGGAUUGCGAAGAAGGUUGCGGAGCACACCGGUAAAUUCAAAUCCGACUCUCAAGGGUUCGAAAAAAUUGUGAAAAGCUGGGUUGAUGAAAUAGUUGAUCGUGAAAGUGGUUUAAUUAAACAUACGGUUUUAAAGUAUAUUAAUUACAACAGAAGUUUGGGUCAUUUCGGAAAUCGAGUAACUUCAGAGAGCCAACAAACAAAAGUUCUGCAAGCUUUGAAAGAACGUAUCAAAACAGUGAUUGCGUCCGCAAUUGAAUCAGCGGUAAAAGUGGACCAGGUCACUCCCGCGAGCGAUACUGGCAGUAUUCAGCUGAAUAUCACCGCUUUAUUGAAGUGUAUCAAUGGUUUCUCAGAUGCGCUUGAGACGAAAAUCAAAAACAGCAAUAAUGUCGCAGAAAUGCAUGUGUCGGAGUUAGCAAAAAACAUUGAGCAAAGUGCGAAUGUGAUGGAUCAUUACAAAGUCAACGUGACCGACAAAACCCACCUGUACGACGCGGUGAAAUCAACAUUGGAUCAGGUGCUUGCCAUGUCCAGGCAACGAGCUGCAGACCUACAAUUGUUUGCCCAAAGCACACGGAAUACUGUUGGUACCAUAGUAGACACUAUUAGGCCCGUUGCUGAGUCGCUUCAUGAUAAGCUCAAAACGGCGUUAGGCAAACCCCCUAAUGCCGAUCCCGUGACACAAUAUACUAACCACGCCGCCGACGUCGACUCCGCGAUCGAGCAGGUGAAGACUACGCUUGGGGAGCAGUUGCUUAGCGAAAGUAACACCAAGCGAGAUAGCCAUGUGAAACUAGGUGCAAACAGCUUCAAUAAUUACAAGGGUUUCGUCAAGCAAGAGGGGAACGCCAUCUCCGAUAAACCACUAGCCGGAACCAUCGAUGAAGGCACCCUCCCCGCGGCGAUUGGUGAUAUUCGAAAACAUGCGUUGCAGUAUGACGUUAAUCCGACGUUAAGACAACUCGAAGCGCGGUCCAGAGAUAUCACCGAUAGUAUCGACAAGCUGAUGAAUGCCCUAUCUGAUAAAGGCACAGAAGUGAAUAAAAUUUUGUUGAAAGUGAAAGACAUAAAGAUAGGAAAGGAAGUUAAAGACAUUGUUAACAGGAUUUUUAAUCUACAACAGACAUCACUGUCGCCGUUGAUUAAAGAAGCGGAUGAAUUAAUGGAUUUAAUUAAUGUUCAAACCGAUGCUGCCAUAUCCGACAUAAAAUGCUUCCUCGGUUCCCAAGUCACCAACGCCACCCGAGCCAUCCAGUCAAAGGCCAAGCAUGACUACUACGCUAAAAUAAGUGCGAUGGCUAAGCAAAUGGAGAAGCAAGUUGACGAGCAAAUUGGUAACAUCGAAGCUCUUCUAAGUCAUGACCUAGCCACAGGUGUAAAGGGUCUCUUAAAGGCGAUGUACGCGGACAACGGAAAGCAGCUUAACAGCCUGAAAGAAGCAACGAAUAAUAAAAAUCGCGAAACCUUCGGCAAUGUGUCUCAGAAGCUGAAACUUUAUAUAGAUGCCAUUCUAUUUUAUUUGAAAUUUCAGGUGGUCUCUACUCCGCCCGAUAAGCAGGGUAUUACAGUCUCAAAUAUUAAAAACCAAACAUACGUAUUAUUAACUCAUUUAGGUAAAGAAUUAAGUGCUAAAAAGUAUAAUUAUGAUAAUGAUUUUGUUAAAUUACAUUCUUCCCUCUCCACCUCCCUCCACCUCCUAUCCCCCUCCCACUUCGCGAACCCCCGGCACCCGGAGCUGCUCGAUGCGGUCAAGAAGGGGCUGCAGGGGUUUGUCACGGAGAUGGGGAGGGUGUAUGUGAACGGGUAUGAUAGUGAAACUUUCGGUGAAUUAGUUGAAUAUAAAAAAGGUGAUAAACAAGGAAAAUUGACUUCUUAUGGUAGGAAGUGUUCCAAGCUAUGUCUCACCGUGCUGUCCAUCCUCAAUUCCGAAUUCGAGACAUUACUUAAAUAUUGUCUUUCAAGAUGUAAAUCUGAUCGAAUAAAUAAGUCUAAUGAUCUUGGUAAAUUUUUUGUCGACCAGGGUUACAAUGUUUCCGAAGAGGGAAUUAAACAGUGGGAGCUGCAGGACGACAAGGACAUGACAGGUUUCCAUAUCUGCAAGCGUCUUUUCGGAUAUGAUGACAAACACAUCUUCAAAAAAGAUACGUUAAAUCAAGAAAUAGGCCCACUUAAAAAGCUUCAUGACCAUCUUCAAAUAUAUUACAGGGUUGGUCACAUUGCGACUUCAACCUCCAAAAGGAGACCAUGUAACAUAUUCGAAAUGCUCUGUUGGUUGUCAGGGUUGCCUUGUAAUUACGUUUUUGACGGGGUGUUACAUGAGGCUGUGAGUGAAUUAUUCGUCGAUCCAAGGAAGCAACCUACGGACGACGACGAAAUCCCUGUUACAGUUGUAAGCGACGAACUACCAGCGUAUCCAGAGCCGAUUGAGCUGGUCGAUACUCAGCGAGCUGUAAAGCGACUGUGUUCUAAAUCGUACGACGUUUUGAUUAAAAUAGUAGGUUACGGCGAUGCCUAUAACAUGUACGCCGUCGACUUCUGCGACAACUCGAGUAAUUUACAUUACCCUGCCGAUGCUACCAGUUGCCUCGAAUUAUUGGUCGACAUCCUACGUAGGUUGCUGCCAGUGUUCAGAUUCUUGCAUAGCCGAUGUGAGCUUGAAACUGAGCAUCACGGCUGGGCUAAAUGCCUCUACGGCAGAGACAUAUUGACAGGUAAAUCGCAAUGUAAUAAGCAUCCAGCCGACAAGCAAACCGACUGCCUGCCCAGAUCACCUCUUCAAUCAUACCUAUCCGACUCGCUCCCUGGUCACCUUCCUCACAACCUGACUGCCAUGGGAUGCAAAUCCGUGUGCAGCAACUGCCCCAAGAGCCUGCCUGGACAGCCAUGUCUGACACCACUUGGCUUCAGAGGUUUCACGGGAAGCACGAAGACAGGUAAAGAGCUCGGUAACGUGCUUGGCAAAUUCUUCAACAAAACAUAUAUCACAUCGCUGCUCUGUCUGCUGCCCAAGCCACCAUCUACAUUGCCAGAACACUUCCAGUUUGCGAUAUCGUUUGCCAAUAUGCUCAAUAAUAAUAAGGGCUCUCGUACAAAUGAGGUCAAAGCAGCCUUCGACACAUCUACCAAGGAGGAGUCCAUCGAUCUAUAUAAGGAGCCGGACAAACUCACAACUGCGCUUCAAAAUGCAUAUUGCAACCAAACAAGCCACAACAGCUCACGCCAUUCGAAAUUCACGGAAGUCGAUUUGUCUACGCUUUCGGCAGACGCAACGUGUAUUUAUGCAAGCAGCGAUAAGCUUCAUUGCGCUCCGUACCUUAAAUCAUUAUGCGACGACUCCUAUACUUACCUUGCCGAGAGGCAUUCCAAGCUAUAUCUCUCAUGGGCCCUAUAUCUACCAUGGACGCUGCAUAAAUAUUUAAAAUCAUUGCUAGACGCUUUCAGCAAUAUAUCUUGCCGGGACUGGGGAUGCCGGCGCUGUAUGCACGGCACCAAAUGUACUCUGGGUAAGCACGGAGUCGAGAACUGCCAAUGUAAAGGACUCGUUGAAUGCCGCGGUGUAACUAGUACAUUUUACAGUUACGGAUUUAGAUUUAGUAAUGCAAUGAAAUUGAUGGAGAUCAACGAAAUGAAAUAUUGUCAUCAUUUCUACAUACAAUUGAAAAAUAUAAUAGAUUCAAAUUACUUCAUUGCAUUGUUCAAGGAGUGUGACAACUUCCUGUGGAUCAUCAGACAACCCUUCAUUUGGCUCAACGUCGCCCUCUGGCUCCUCUCCUUCCUCUACCUCCUCCACAUCAUGGUCAUCCGCCUCGACCUCCUACACAUCAAAUCGCAUCUAAGAUCACCAUCAUCACAUCGUAUCGCUGCCCAGUCACUACUCGCAGCUGGACGUGUUAACAAGCUUAACAGGGUGUUUUAUCUGCAACCAUAA